UAUUUUCAGAGCAAGAAAGAAGUUCCGAGGCUUCGAGGCUUGUUGCACUCUUCUUUGCCAAACUUGCAAAUCCAUGUAUGUGUUGGACUGGACAAGCAAAAAUCCCCGAAGAGAUACGGUACCACCCAGGAACAGAGCCAACAAGGACUUCAGUUGUGUCUUUUAAAAGACAUUGAGAGUUAGAUUGCAUCUUUCUCUGUGUAUCUCUUUGGAGCUGCCAUGGAUGUUGGCUUGACCAAGUCGACGAGAAUAGCCCGACGGGUACACAACAAGAAUCUUCCAAACAAAGACGACGAUGACGAUGAACCCACCAAUUGGCGAGAACAUUUGCAAGACUAUGACUGGCAAUCCAACAUCAAGGCGCUCCGACUGGAACUGGAAUCUCCGCACAAUUUUCGAUGGGACAUGACCCUCCGCAUCACUGUGGAAUGGCCGGCCGUACGAAAAUGGGCCUUGGUCACUCUGCAAAAGAGUCUGACGGGACGAAACGACAGAGCCCAACAAAAGGAAUUUCUGGGUCUGUUUGUGCCCAAAUGCCCUCCCGAGAAACUAUCCUUGCUGACGUUUAUUGAGCCCCUGUCGAUUGUGAUGGACAACAUGGAAUCCGUAAAGUCAGCACAGAAGAAAAAUUAUAACGAGAGAGUACCCACCAAUGCUACCAAUUCCACCGCCCCAAAGGAUGAUAGCGAAUAUAAUGACGGCGAUGAUGCAUACGACAAUAAUUACCCAGAUACUACUUUGGACAAUAAAGAAGAAGACGUCGCCUCUGAUUUUGGAUCGAACAUUUGGAGUGUGGAAGCGGGCAAUGUGGAUCCCUUGCUCGAUUUGCAUUCUCUGGGAGAUCCGACGAGUAGAACUCCGGCGUUUGCUGACUGGGAACCGGACGAAUUAAAGGCAUUGGAUUGGAGAGCCAACAUGGACGCUCUGGAAAUUGCAUUGAAAAGGCAGACGGAUUGGCAUGUCCUCGAGACAGUGUACCUGGCAGAUGCUGGAGUGCGGCAAUGGGCCAGUCAAACGUUGCAGCAGUGCCUCGAUUGGAGCCCUGGUAUUACCGAGGCACAACGACACGAAUUUCUCGCUCUCUUUGUCGACCGCAUGCCCAAGAACUCGCUGCGACGGCUGGAUUUUUCGGCACCGACGGUUGUCGAGGAAAUAUCGAACAAGCUGGAGGAAGAAGCGCCGGUGGAGGACGGCAACCUUUCUUCCGAUGACUCGUCCGUGUAUCUUUGAUGGGGUGGGAAACGAGGGGAAAACGAAGUCGCGCUGGAGGUUUCCGAGAGAUCAAUGCGAUUGGCGUGGGAACAAUCAACCGGUGUGCCAUACUAUUAUCAACGAACACUUUUCGUUCCAAGCAUGCAGUCACCGAAGAGACGCCGACAAUCUACCCCACUCGAGCUGGACCAUCACAACAGCAAUAAGCGAACGAGUAUCUCGCAGUUGGACAAAGCCUUUAUCCAAUGCAGUCAAUAACUUCAAGUUUAUGUUUGCCCUCAUGUUCGCGACACCGACCAGUCGUUGCUUUUGUCCACAGGGGCUCUACCUCGGCCGCUUUCAAAAGGUAGAAGCAUAAUAGCUAUGGUACUAGCUACAGCCAGAUCAUAUUGAUAAAACACAAAGCCAAACGUUUCAUGUAGCGACACCACAAAAAAAGGUCUCUCGAGCCGGAAUCGCAACGCCAAGCAGCUGAGGAAUUCCACUGGGAAAGAUUCGGUGUAGCUGGGCAUGAGAACGCUAAGACGGCUCCUUUCAGAGGCGGAGACUUAAAAAGUUGCAGUCUCCCAUAGUGCGUGUGCGUAGUCUAUGGUUACCCGGGCUGGUGUUCAUUCUCAAUUUGCGAACGUGGAAUAGGCGGUGACUACCGGCACAUAUAGCAUUGGGUCGAGCUGCCAAAAAUUUAUUUCUCGAGCCGGAAUCGAACCGACACGGUUUUCGAUCCCUUUUCGCCACCGACCGUAUUCUCUACUUUUGGCUUUUUGCCCUCACAGUUAAUUUUACUAGUUUAUGGGUAGUUUUGAGCUUUA